AAUGAAAGGUAUAGGGUCAAAAGACUCACAAGUGAGGAAGUGCCAGCAAGCCGCCACCUCCCCCUUCCUAACAAUGCCCUUUUCCAUUUGCUCUCUUUCGGGAGCUACGUCGGCUCUACCACGUGUCUUGCGGGGGUUCUCGGCAGUGCGUUUGGAUUUGUUUUAAAGGAGUUUGGCAGCGUCGGGCCGUGCGAUUGUGAGGGUGUUUUGCAUCGCUCCCUGCUUGGUAUUUUCCAAGCAAAAGAAUAACCUGAGACAAACCAGAUUGGAACAAGGCGGAGAUUUGUGCCCCCCAGAAUAAGCUGCUGCAUUUUCCCAUUUUGAGUUUUGCGUUUCUGUCGUUUGGAAUUUAGAGAUAUCUUUGGGUUAUAAUGAACAGGAGACCAUGAGAUGGGGGAAGAAAGCACAACUGCUCUGGAUGGGUGGUGGUGAACUGACCCUACACUUGGAGAUUCAUACAUCCAGGCCCCUGUAAUUUUGAAUUGGAUGGUUGGAUUUUGACUUCUUUAAGCCACUUUGGAAGCUAUUCCAAUCUGUCCAAGAAGACUGAGGUUCCUGCACCGGUGUCGAGUUUAAAUUCCGUUCUGUAGCCUUGGGUCCCAACUUCGCAGGCAGAAGGCAGCAAGUGGUUUGUCCAAAGAGGACAAGGACAAAAUAUUCCCAGGGUCAUGCCCAAUGCUGCAAGUGCAUGAUUCAGAAGGCAUGCUGUAGGAGGCAACACCCUUAUGUGUGUGAAGGAGAUCUUCCAAUCAAACAAUGAGGAUUACAAGAUGGGAAACUCAUAUGCUGGGCAACUGAAGACAACACGUUUUGAAGAAGUUCUGCACAAUUCUAUUGAAGCUUCCCUGCGUUCAAACAACUUGGUCCCCAGGCCUGUGUUUUCACAGUUAUAUCUAGAGGCUGAGCACCAAUUGGUCUCUAAUUUAGAAGCUUGCAAAAGACCAGGAAACGAGGAGGAGGAGGAGGAUGAUGGAUCAGAAUCCAGUAGUCCUCUCAUUCCAUAUCAGAUGAAGCCUCCCCCAGAAGGAUGUUGUACCACUGAUGGCUUCUGUCAGGCAGGAAAGGACUUGCGACUUGUUUCUAUGUCGAAUGAGCAGAUUGAGGUGCCAUCAGGAUUCUUAUUAAUCGGUGCCAAGUCUCCUAACCUUCCUGAGCACCUUUUAGUCUGUGCUGUGGAUAAACGAUUUUUACCGGAUGAUAAUGGCCGAAAUGCUCUAUUGGGUUUCUCUGGCAAUUGUGUCGGCUGUGGAGAAAAUGGAUUUCGUUACUUCACAGAGUUUUCCAAUCACAUCAACCUGAAACUGAUCACCCAGCCCAAGAAACAAAAGCACCUGAAGUGUUAUCUGAUUAAGAAUGCACAGGGCAGUCUUACUAAAGGACCCUUAAUCUGUUGGAAGGGCACAGAGGGCAGGACACAGCAGUCAUCCUCGAGUUCCACCUCUAGCAUUCCCUCACAACCACCUGAGAGUCCAGCCUCAUCCACUACAGUAGCAUCAGCAGAGAGCAUUGCUGGAACUAUUCAGAAUGCAUUAAUUGGAUUUCAGCAAGCAGGAGCAACAGCAGAUCAGGCUCUUUCGCGAGCUAUUACAGGAGUUUCUGCAACUCAUAACACCAGAGAUUCAUCCAGGCACCAAAACCCAUUGAAGGCCAACAGCUUAUCCUGUCAGAAUAUGUCAAGGCCUUCAGUGAUAGGCAACUUAGCUAAUUCAGGUCCUCCAAAGAAACGGCACAGGGGUUGGUCACCAGAUGCAUCAUCAGCAAUAGAAAUGGGCUCUAUUCAGAGCAACCCACUGGCUCAAAAUUCAGGAAGCAAAACUGACGCUGUGGAAUUAGCUUACAUGACCCAAUCCAGCCUUUUAGGACCAAUUCCUUCUCCACUUACUACCUCAGAGGAGCCUGUCGUUGUACCUGACAAUUUACUUAAAAUCUGCCGGACCAGACCUGUAAUUUUUAAAGGCCAUGGCAAUCUUCCUUACCUUUGUGGCAAUCUCAAUGAUAUAGUGGUCAGUCCACUGCUGCAGAGCUGCUAUAGAAACACUCAGUCUUUCCCCCGAGUAUAUGAACAACACAGUACUUCUGUGACUACGGUAUUGUCCAUAGAGAUGCAAAUUUUACUGACUGUGUACUACCUAGCUCAACUUGCCCCAGAUCAGGUGCCUUUGAUUGAGGAUUUGGAACAUAUAUUGGUGAGAGCAUGGCAGGAAUCUAAUCUUACCGAAACCAAACAAUACCAACAAGCUGUUUCUCAGUCAGUACCCUAUGUGUCAUCGCCAACCUUGACUGUCGCCCCAAAGCAACUCACUUGGUUGGCCAAGUUAGCAGCUAGCUCCUGCAAGAACAUUGUCAGGAUCUUGGAUUCAUCAAAUUCAUUGGCGGAAGGUCUCACAGAAACAUUUAAGCUUCUCAGUGAGGGGAAAUUGCAGGGAAAGAAUUUUGUGGUGAUCAUUUGCACCGCUAAGAACCAAAGCACUGAGUCAUGUGUGGUGGUAACAGGAAAACGUCAAGCCGGAUUCCUAGCAGAAAGAAUGCUCAGCCCCAAAGAGCAUCUGAAAGAAAUCAACUAUGAGCUCGUCACUGGAAAAGUUGGGGCACUAGGAGCUUUUUUCAGCAGCCUUUGUCCAGAAGGAGAUAUCGACAUGCUCUUGGAAAAGUGCAGUCUGGCAAGGAAUGGGCAAGGCUCUUCUUUCAUUGCUUCAUUAAAGAAAUUUGAUGACACCGUAAUUCAGAGACCCACUAUUUGUUCAGUUUCAAACAAAGAAACAUGUCAGAUUCACCCUGUUCAACUUGCGGUGGCUCGAAAGUUACUUUCCCAUGUCUGCGCUAUUGCUGAUUCCAGCACACAAAAUCUGGAUUUGGGCUCCUUUGAGAAAGUUGACUUCCUUAUUUUGGUGCCUCCAUCAGAAGUGGCCUACCAGCAGACUGUGCUGCGUGUCAGACAGUCAGGGAUCUUGGUAGAACUUGGAUUGGAGGCAGAAUCUACUGCAAAUCAGUGCGCAGAACAGUAUGUAAUGAAGCUUACUGCAGAAACUCAGAGCAAAUUUGAAGCCUUUCAGCAAAAAGCAUUAAAGAACCCUUACACACUGUUCAUACUGAUCCAUGACCAUGCACACUGGGAUUUGACCAGUGGGGGAGCUUUUCCACAAAGUGAACCAUUUCUGGGCUUGGCUGAUCGAAUCGUAAACUGCAAAGAAAUGAAAGAAGCACUGAAUGUGUUAACACUCCAAGUUACGUCCUUCCCCUUCGCUCUUCAAACACAGCAGACCUACAUCAGCCCCUAUAAUGAGGUCCAUUGGCCAUCGUCCUGCAACAAUGGAGUGAACUUGUACCAGGAAAACAAUAAGUACUUUGGGCUUUCAGACUUCAUUGAUUCCACUUACUCUGGGCACAAGCUUCCAUUGUUGAGAUACGACGGUUCAUUUGAAGCGAUGGUUACUGCAGUAGAAGAAAGGUUUCCCAAGAUGCACAGUGCUGUGAUCUGGACAUACAUUUUAAUCCAGCAUUACUCAGCAGCCAUGAUGGUAACUGCAGGCCACUCACAGAUGAAGAACUACUCGUCUGUGGAAACACUAGAGAUAAUUCAGAGCCUUACAAAUUCUACAGGAAGCUGUCCAAGCAGCCAUGGUUACAUGGUUUUGCUCAGGAUUCCCUCCAUUUCACUAGCUGCACUGGCGUAUGAACGAUUGUGUCAAGUUAGGUAUCGUCUAGGCCUGCAGCAUAGAUUUGAAAUCAUCCUUGGAACUCCAAACACAAAAAUAAAUAUUAGCCAACACUUUCUAACACAACUGAAGGUUUGGCAAAAGAUAGAGGACCCUAAUUGGACACCUCAAACCUACUUGGAUCUGGAAGACCUGCCAUGCAUACUUAUUCUAUCUGGCACCGAUCCGUACGGAGAGUCUUUUCCAAGAUCUGCCAAGUACUAUGACUUACGUUUAAUAAAUUCAACUUGUCUCCUGCGAACUGCUUUGGAGCAAGAACUCGGUCUAGCAGCUUGUUACGUCGUCCUUGAUGUCCCUGGGCAGACAGUGAUAGUGAAUGAUCUCUCUGAGAGCGACCUGGAAAAGCCAGGUAGCACUGACGAUGAUGAAGACAGUGUUGCAAUUGAAGUGACAACGGUUGCAGACUCAGGAAAGAAAAGUAAAAAUAAGAGACAGCGCUCAUAUUCCAAUCACUCAGCUUCAUCCAGAUCAUCAAAAACAUCAAGCAUACUUUGCGACAGUGAUCCUUUCUCAACCUCUGGAGCAGAGGAUUCUGCAAGACAUCCGCUGAAUGUUGAAUCUAUUAAUAUUGAGGACAGUAGUGUGGCCAGAGAGAAGCCCAAGCUAAGAGCAGACAACACACAGCAGAAGCCUUACUAUGAGACUCAAUAUUCAGAAAAGCACAGAAACUUAGAUCAAAUCAACAACAGCAAAAGCUCAAGAAGAAGCUCAAAAACAUUUUCUUCAGGCUCUUCCUCUGCUCAGACUCCCACUUUGGGACAGAUGUCUUCCCAAUGCCCAAGGACAAAGGCAGCAACCCAACCACCAACUGUGUUUCUCCCAAAAUUGAUCUAUGAGAUUGUUACUAAGGUGGACAGUGCUGGAGUGGCAAAAUUAUCAUCCUUUCUUCCGCACCAUUCAGUUCAUUGGAUAACCUCCUUUCACCCUUCGUUGGCCAAAAUGAUGACCUCCACAGAGCAAUCCCUGUAUUAUCGCCAGUGGACAGUGGCUAAACAAAACCAUAUGGAUUUUAACAAAGCACAGAGUAGAACCGGGGCAUUUCAUCCACGCAGACUUCUGCUGAAUGGUCCACCACAGGUGGGUAAGACAGGAGCUUAUCUGCAGUUCCUUAGUAUUCUAUCGAGGAUGUUGAUUCGAUUGAUGGAGGUGGAUGUUUAUGAUGAAGAAGAAAUUAACCUUAAAGCCAAAGAAGAUUCUUCCCUACAACAGAAAGAGAGCUUACUGUGGCCUGAUUUGGAGAGUUUCAGUAAAUUGUCAUUUGACUACACUGUUCAUGAUCCAAAGUAUGAAGAUGCAAGUCCAGUUUAUUCAAGGGACCUUACAAAAAACAAAGGACAUAAAGAAGAUGACAUCUAUCUACGACGCCAUACAACACGAAUGAGGUUGUCCAAGUAUGCUGCCUAUAAUACAUACCACCACUGUGAGCAGUGCCAUGAAUACAUGGGUUUCAAUCCCAGAUGCCAGCCAUAUGAUUCUACACUCCAUGCCUUCACAUUUUCCUGCUCAAUGCUGGGAGAGGAAGUCCAGCUUCACUUUAUUAUUCCCAAAUCAAAAGAAUAUAAUUUCAUUUUCAGUCAACCUGGAGGCCAAUUGGAAAGUAUGAGGUUGCCACUUGUCACUGACAAGAAUCCAGACUGCAUAAAGAGCCCCAUCUUUACGCCUUCGACUGGGCGUCAUGAACAUGGUCUCUUCAAUCUGUAUCACGCUAUGGAUGGUGCUAGCCAUUUGCAUGUGCUAGUUAUCAAGGAGUAUGAGAUGGCAGUGUAUAAGAAAUAUUGGCCAAACCACAUCAUGCUUGUCUUGCCCAGCAUCUUCAACAACUCUGGAGUUGGUGCAGCUCAUUUUUUGAUCAAAGAGCUGUCCUAUCAUAAUUUGGAACUGGAACGCAAUCGCCAGGAAGAGCUUGGAUCUAAACCCCAAGAUGUGUGGCCAUUUAUUGUCAUUGCAGAUGACUCUUGUGUGAUGUGGAACAGUCUUAAUGCCGAAACCUCUAAAAGCUCUACCAGUGCGCCUGCUGAACAAAAUGUCUUGGAGAGGAAUGUUUCUUUGAAGCAUGUACUUCAACAUAUUGAGACAACUGCUCAAAUUCCACACUAUGCCCUUUGUGGGGUCCGCAAGUGGUCCAGUAAAAUAAGCAGUCCGUACCUUGCAGAGCCUUUCUCCCGCUGUCAUCUACAUGAUUUUUUGCUGCUAAAUGUAGACUUGACACAAAAUGUUCAGUACAACCAGAACAGAUUUACCUGUGACGAUGUGGAUUUCAACCUUCGGGUCCAUAGUGCUGGUCUUCUUAUCUGUCGCUUUAAUCGCUUCAGUGUUAUGAAGAAACAAAUUGCUAUUGGGGGGCACAGAACUUUCCUUAUCAAGUCAAAGGUCCCAGAUGUACCAAUGUCCAUUUCCCCAGUUCAGUAUAUCUGUGCUCCAGACAGCAAACAUACAUUUUUAGCUGCACCAGCCCAAUUACUGCUUGAAAAGUAUCUGCAGCACACAAGUAACCAUCUUUUUCCAUUGUCUGUAAAGAACUACAGUCAUCCAGUGCUGUCAGUAGACUGUUAUCUCAACCUAGGACAAGAGAUUACCGUUUGCUUUGUGAGUUCACGUCCUCAUUCUUUAAAUAUAAACACCUCUGGCCUUACUUUCAGUGGACUCCUUCUGUAUCUCUGUGACUCAUUUGUCACAUCCAGUAUUUUGAAAAGAUUCCACUUUCUGAAAGGUGCCACGUUGUGUGUAAUUUGUCAAGACCGUAGCUCUCUUCGCCAGACUGUUGUAAGACUGGAGCUGGAAGAUGAGUGGCAGUUCAGGUUAAGAGAUGAAUUCCAGACAGCUAACUCCCAAGAGGACAAGCCACUCUUUUUUCUGACUGGACGACAUGUCUAAGGCGUGAAAAUUUCCCAGUAACACACAGACAGCAAAAAUGAGCACUCCAUAAGUACACAGAAUUUUCUUUGAGCCAUGAGCAUUUUGAAAUGUUGAAAACAGUGUUUAAAAAAACUGAAUAGAAUGGUACCAAAUUAAUCAAAUGUAAAAAACUGAUAUGCACCAAGAACAAGUUCCAGUAAACAUUCAUCAAUUUUA